AUAGUCACAGUUUUCCAGAGAUCACGACAAGAUCUAACCAGUCGCGCGUGGUCCCCGGCGCCGGAGCCGGCCAGCCCAGCCCAGCCUCGUACAGAGCCCCCUCCGCCCCCGCGCCCAAAGCCCCCCGCGCCCCCCGAGGUGCGCGCGGGACUGGGAGCCGGGAGGAGCCGCUGCCGCGCCGGCCGCGCCGGCCGUCCGUCCUCCGCGCGCGCCGCCGCCCGGGCCGGGGGUCCGAGCCGCGCGCCCCCGGCCCUGGCCCCCGAGUGCCUGGGCCGGAUGUCCCGAUGAGAGAGCCGGCGCUGGCAGCCAGCGCCAUGGCUUACCACCCGUUCCACGCGCCACGGCCCGCCGACUUCCCCAUGUCCGCCUUCCUGGCGGCAGCGCAACCCUCCUUCUUCCCGGCGCUCGCGCUGCCGCCCGGCGCGCUGGCCAAGCCUCUGCCUGACCCGGGCCUGGCGGGGGCGGCGGCCGCGGCCGCGGCGGCAGCAGCGGCGGCCGAGGCGGGGCUGCACGUCUCGGCCCUCGGCCCGCACCCGCCCGCCGCGCAUCUGCGCUCGCUCAAGAGCCUGGAGCCCGAGGACGAGGUGGAGGACGACCCCAAGGUGACGCUGGAGGCCAAGGAGCUGUGGGACCAGUUCCACAAGCUGGGCACGGAGAUGGUCAUCACCAAGUCGGGGAGGCGGAUGUUCCCCCCUUUCAAGGUGAGAGUCAGCGGCCUGGACAAGAAGGCCAAGUACAUUUUGCUGAUGGACAUUGUGGCUGCUGAUGAUUGCCGCUACAAGUUCCACAACUCGCGCUGGAUGGUGGCAGGCAAGGCUGACCCAGAGAUGCCCAAACGCAUGUACAUCCACCCGGACAGCCCCGCCACCGGGGAGCAGUGGAUGGCCAAGCCCGUGGCUUUCCAUAAGCUGAAGCUGACCAACAACAUCUCCGACAAGCAUGGCUUCACGAUCCUGAACUCCAUGCACAAGUACCAGCCACGCUUCCACAUCGUGCGGGCCAACGACAUCUUGAAGCUGCCGUACAGCACCUUCCGCACCUAUGUGUUCCCUGAGACCGACUUCAUCGCCGUCACUGCCUACCAGAAUGACAAGAUUACACAGCUGAAGAUCGACAACAACCCGUUUGCCAAGGGGUUCCGGGACACGGGCAAUGGCCGUCGGGAGAAAAGGAAGCAGCUCACGCUGCCCACCCUGCGCCUGUACGAGGAGCACUGCAAGCCGGAGCGCGACGGCGCCGACUCGGACGCCUCGUCGUGCGACCCCCCACCUGCUCGGGAACCGCCGCCCUCCCCGGGCGCCGCGCCCAGCCCCCUGCGCCUGCACCGGGCUCGACCCGAGGACAAGCCCUGCGCCGCCGACAGCGACCCCGAGGCCGAGCGGCUGAGCGACGAGCGCGCCAGCGCGGCCCUAGGCCGCAGCCCGGCGGGGGACAGCGCCAGCCCCCCUCGAUUGGCCGAACCCGAACGCUCCCGGGAGCGGCGCAGUCCCGACCGGGGCAAAGAAGCGGCGGAGAGCAGCGGGGACGGCCCGUUUGGGCUGCGCGCCGAAAGCAGGCGCAAGGACGAGGGGCGCAAGGAGGCGGGCGAGGCCAAGGAGCCGGGCCUGGCGCCGCUGGUGGUUCAGACGGACAGCGCGUCCCCGCUGGGCGCGGGCCACCUGCCCGGCCUGGCCUUCUCCAGCCACCUGCACGGCCAGCAGUUCUUUGGGCCUCUGGGAGCCGGCCAGCCGCUCUUCCUGCACCCAGGACAGUUCGCCAUGGGCCCCGGCGCCUUCUCCGCCAUGGGCAUGGGUCACCUGCUGGCCUCGGUGGCGGGCGGCGGCGGCAGUGGCGGCGGCGCGGGGCCGGGGACGGCCGCAGGGCUGGACGCAGGCGGGCUGGGGCCCGGGGCCAGUGCUGCGAGCUCCGCCGCGCCCUUCCCGUUCCACCUCUCCCAGCACAUGCUGGCAUCUCAGGGAAUCCCAAUGCCCACCUUCGGAGGCCUCUUCCCCUACCCGUACACCUACAUGGCGGCCGCGGCCGCCGCCGCCGCCUCGGCCCUGCCCGCCACCAGCGCCGCCGCGGCCGCCGCCGCCGCGGGCUCCCUGUCCCGGAGCCCCUUCCUGGGCAGCGCGCGGCCCCGCCUGCGCUUCAGCCCCUACCAGAUCCCCGUGAGCAUCCCGCCCGGCGCCGGCCUCCUCGCCGCGGGGCUGCCGGCCGAGGGCGCCAAGGCCGCGGGGGGCGGCAGCCGAGAGCCCAGUCCCCUGCCCGAGCUGGCGCUCCGGAAAGUGGGGGGCUCCUCCCGCGGGGCGCUGUCGCCCGGCGGCUCGGCCAAGGAGGCGGCCAGUGAACUGCAGAGCAUCCAGAGGCUGGUGAGUGGGCUGGAGAGCCAGCGAGCCCUCUCCCCCGGCCGGGACUCGCCCAAGUGAGCGGGGCGCCCCGGCCGCGCAGGCCUCCGGGGUGCCGGCCCCCCCGCUGCUCGGGACGCAAAACAGCACAGAAUGGGUAUUUAUUUAAAUAAAGGAGCCAACGCGGGCUGCCGCGGCCGGGAGGGCGCCGCCUAGCCGGGGUCUAGGCCGCGUCCCUGGGCCUCACCAAGG